GAAGAAAAAAAAAACAAAAAGGUGGGGUUGGGGGGGGCGACUUCUGCCCGCGCCUCAAAGACUCCGUCUCCUUUGCCCAGUUCAUUGAUGUGAGCUCAAUUGCCAGUGGCAUUAGCCUUGCCGGGAUUCAUCUACAGCUUUGGGCUUUCCCUUUUCCACUUCUUUUUUCAAGUUUAAGAAAUUUUCUCUGUUUUUUUUUUUUUUUUCCUUUUUUUAGCUCAGUUCAAAUUCUGUAGGUAUGAGCAAAAAGGUCAAUCCAUGGAAAAUCUAGCCUGAACUAUAGAACCGGUACUCCAAUACAAGCUCUUAGGGAUGACUGAGGCAUUAGCUGCUGCAGCUUCAGCAACAGCAGUUGAGGCAUACAAAGAUGUGAGAAACAUAAUUGGGUCCAUUGAUGGAGCAAUAGACUAUGCAAAAAAUUUAGAAAAGAAUUAUGAAAGGUUGAAAGAGGAUGCAAAGAAGCUGUAUGCAAGGAGGGAUGAUUUGUUGGCUAAAAUAAACACAGAUAAGAGAAAACAAGCCACCAAAGAAUGUGAAGUGUGGAUUUGCAAGGUGAACAAAAUUGAAAAAGAGGUGCUAAACCUGGAAGCCGAAUAUGAGGAGCAAAAGAAGCAUCAUCGCUUUUGGCAGUAUCCAAAUCUUAGCAAAUGCAUGGCAGAGAAGCUUGAUGAUUUGUGCCGUUGCUGGGCAGAAGGAAGCUCUUUUGCAACAGGUGUGGUAGUUGAGAGGUCACCUGAGCCUAUCAUUAAAGUAAAAGCCCCAAGAAUAGAGGACAAGUCAUCACUCUUGAGGACUGUUGAAAAGAUACUGGAACUCCUAAGGGAUGAUGAUGUAAAAAGAAUUGGGGUAUGGGGGAUGGUUGGAGUUGGGAAAUCAGCAAUUCUGCAAAAUCUGAACAAUAAUGAACAAAUUGCUAAAAUGUUUGACAUAGUAAUUUUUGUGGCUUUAACAGAUGAAGGCAAUGAAGAAGAGUUACAGCAUGCAAAAAUAAAGCUAAAAUGUGCAAAACAAAAGUUGCAAUGUGAAAUUGCACAAAGGCUGAAGUUGAAUGUGGAAGGCCUUACUGACACUAAGAGAAUUGCCUCAAGAAUUUUUGAGGAGCUGGAGUGUAAGAGGUAUUUGCUUCUUUUGGAUGGUGUAUGGGAAUCUUUUAAUUUAGAUGACAUAGGCAUCUAUGAAAAUGAGAAGGAUAGCAAGGUGGUUCUAGCAUCUAGAUACCGUGAUGUUUGUAUGGGUAUGUGUGCUGAUGAUAUAGUCAGGGUUGAAUCACUCUCAGAAGUUGAUGCUCGGAAACUCUUUCUAGAAAAAUUAGGCCGACAUAUAAAUCUCUCAGAUUUUGAUCCAGUAAUCCCGCUUGUCAUUAGGGAAUGUGCCAAUUUGCCACUUGUGAUAGACAUAGUAGCAAAAACCUUCAGAAAGAAAGAUAGAAUUUCUCUAUGGUGGGCUGGAUUGAAGAGAUUGCAGAAGUGGCCUAAUAUUAAUGAUCAAGCCAUGGAUGAAGUACUUGAUCGAUUGAGAUUUUGCUAUGAAGAAUUAGGCAAGGAAGAUAAAAAGGUUUGCUUUCUCUAUGUUGCAUUAUUUACUGAAGGUUGCAAUGUCUAUAUGGAUUAUUUGCUGGAAUGCUGGAGAGCUGAAGGUUUCAUUCGUGAUGCGGAUGAGUUCACUGCACGCGACAGAGGACAAGAAAUAUUGAAUGAUCUCAUCAAUGUAUCUUUGCUAGAGAGCUCUGAGAUGAAACACAUAAAGAUGAAUAAAGUUCUUCGUAAUAUGGCCCUUAAGAUCUCAUCAGAGAAAGAGGAUUCCAAAUGUUUGGUGAAAACCCAUGAAGAGAUACAACAGCCCCUAGAGGAGGAAGAAUGGAAACAGGCGAAGCGAAUCUCUUUGAUGGAUAACAAAUUGUGUAGUUUGCCAGAAAGACCAGCUUGCAAUAACCUCUCAACACUGUUGCUACAGAGAAAUGGUGAUUUGACAAUGAUCCCUGAGCAAUUCUUUGGAUCUAUGCAAAAUCUUCGAGUUCUAGACUUGCAUGGAACCAAGAUUACAACAUUACCAUUGUCUCUAUCUUGCUUGCAAAGCCUCAGAGCACUCUAUUUAAAUUGUUGCAAUCAAUUAAUAAAGCUCCCAUCAAGAAUAGACACUUUGCAGCAUCUUGAGGUGCUUGAUAUUCGAGGCACUAAGAUUAAUUAUUUACCCAUUGAAGUUGGAUGUUUGAGACAGCUGAGGUGUUUACGUAUGUCAUUCUCAAAUAUUGAUGGAAGAUCAAGGAGGAUGGAAAUUUACCGAAACAUCAUUUCAAAACUUUCUUUGUUGGAAGAAUUGGUCAUUGAUGUUAGGGUGGGUAAUCAAUUGUGGAAUGAGGUUGCAAGAGAAAUGAGUGAGGAGGUAGCUACCUUGACAAAAUUGACCUCUCUUUCAUUUUGUUUUCCUGGAGUGGAUAUUCUUAAGAUCUUUAUCAUGAAAAGCUCAAUGUGGAAGCACUUUUGCUUUGCAUUCCAAUUUUCCAUUGGUCAAUAUCAUUCACAUCCAUACAGAAUUGUUGAUUAUUUUGAAUAUGAAGUCUGCAAGUGCUUGAAAUAUGCAAAUGGUGAAGGCAUAGAUGCUGCAAUAAAAGAAGUACUUGCUACAGCCAAUGCACUUGAGCUACUUGGAAAUAAAGGAGUUCUCAAACUAUCUGAUUAUGGCGUUGACAAUCUCAACAAGUUGAGGAGUUGUUUGAUUGAAAGUUGCAAUGAAAUGGAAACCAUUAUUGACGGCAAUGGGAUAACGAAUGUUGUAUUGCAAUCCUUGGAAAAGAUGUACAUAAGCAAUCUCCCCAUGUUGAAAAGCAUCUGGGAGGGUUCAAUACCUACUGGAAGCCUAGCUCAACUUACCACUUUAAUCUUCUACAAAUGCCCAAAGUUGAAAAAGAUCUUCUCCAAAGGGUUGAUUCAACAACUCUGUAAGCUGCAACAUUUGGAAGUUGAAGAUUGUUUAGAAAUUGAAGAGAUUAUUAUAGAGACAGAGAACAAUGGAUUGGAAUCUCGUGCACUUCCAAGUCUGAAGAAACUAAUACUUCUUAAUCUACCAAGAUUAAGGAGCAUAUGGAUUGAUGACUCACUAGAGUGGCCUUCUUUAGAAAGGACUGUGAUUGCCAUGUGCCCUCUGUUGGAGAGGUAUCCUUAAUGCAACAUUUAGAUCAUCUAAUUGCAUCUUUGUAUGAAACAUAUUUUCAUUCUUGAUUAAAAUGGCCAGUUAAUAUCAAUACCAGCCAUGAAUUAGUAGGACUGGAAGUCCUGAUCUAGUUUUGUUGUAUGACAAUAAACCUAACUAUGAAAUGUCUUUUGUCGUUUGUGUUUGUGUGGGCUUUUUAGGACUACUGAACAAUUUGAUAAGAAAUAUUGGUUGGUUA